CCUCAAGAUUUAAACCCUUGGUGCGGACAAAGGAAAAAAGGCAGAGCUGCCAAAACCCUUCUUCUUCGCGACUUAUUUGGCGGUUCCUGAAAAACCCUAACUCUCAACUUCUUUUGCUAUUCAUUUCAAAUGGCUUCGCGCUGUCGAUCUUUCGCAAGACCAACGAUUUCUCUCAUUAAAUCCACCAUCACCAAACCCUCUAUUAAUCCCAAACCCGCCCCUUCCUUAACUGGCCGUUCUUCGCCCACAAUUUCCAGGUUGGUUCCUCGGUUGGGUUCCGUUCAAUCUCUGCUUCCCCUGCACUCGGCAGUUUCUUCGGCCCGGUUGACUUCCUGUCUUGGAGUCGAUUCGGUGUCCUCCAGGUCGUUGUCUCAGGGUAUGCUCUGCAGUGCGAACCCAGGAGUUUGAUAUCUCCAUUCUUUAUAAUUUAUUAUCUAAUUGGGUCUCUGUGUGCCGCGAUAAGAGAUGGAAUUUAAGAGAAUGCUCUGAUCGAAGUGGUGGGGUCCAUAAAGGAUGGCGGAUCAAAUAUUGUGUUCAUCAUAUUUGGAGGUGCCCCAGUCUCUAUUUUGUUGUUCAGGUUGAGGUUAUACUGAGACAACUUCAGUCCCGAAUGUGUAUUUCCCAUCAAUUACUCAUUUUUACCAUGACUUUUAUUAUUUCUGUACUUCAACACAAUGUGACCCCUUAGUGAAUAAGACUCAUUGCUAUCGUUUUCAAUCC